AUGAAAGCUACUAUCCUCUACACCUAUGUUGCUCUUAUGGGCAUGGCAAGCGCCCAACAAGCCUGUGAAGAAGGCAAACGCGUCACCAUCAGCCCUGGCUACACUGUCGAGUUCAAAUGCGGCAAGUACCGCCUUGGCCAGUCUUACAGUAAUGUCAUGAGCCACGAAGACUGCGCUGCAAAGUGUCAGGUUGCCAAUAUUGACGUUUGCACCUACCACGCGGCCCAGAAGAAGUGCAUCGUCGGCGACCCUAACGGCAAGGAAGGCACAAGCAGUGGCGCCACCUACAUGGUUAGGGUGCCAGAAGAGCCCGAAGAUCCCUUUGCUGAGGAGGAGGAGGAUCCCUUUAAGGAGACCUGCGAAGAAGAGAAGGAGGGCCUCAGCGGCAAACUGGGCAAAUGCAAUGCCAAAUUGGACAAAUACAACGCCAUGCUUGAUGCGGCACUGGGAAAACCCUCCUGUGGAGUCGAUAAGUGGGGAUAUGGCUAUUACAAAACAAUCGGUGGCAUGAGCCUCGCCGACUGCAAGGCGGCAUGUGAUGCCGAUAAGAAAUGUCUCUCCUACAGCGGUUAUACGCCUGAGGGUGUAAGGAACUGUUACCUUUACGAUAAGGAGACUGCCAAGGUGCCUGACAAUAAGUACCCAGGCUGGGCGCAGUCUGACAUACGUUGCAACUAA